AUGUGGAAGAACAUUGUGACUUCACGUCACGGCUCAGCUCGUUCAAAAAAGGUGUACUAUAGAGAGCAAGAACUACGAGAGAUGUUCCGCACCCACGAUAAGGAUAUGUCUGGUUUCAUCAGCAAGGACGACGUCCUUUGUAUGCUCCUUGGAGCCGAUAAGGAUGACCAGAAGGAUCCGGUUUUCAAGACUCAUUUGAAAUUCCUGAUCAACAUAAUUAAACAGGCUGAUAAGGAUGGUGACAUGAAAAUUAGCUUCGAAGAGUUCAAGGAAUAUGUGGAAAAAGCUUCUUCGGCAUGA